AUGAGAGUGGAGCUCCUUUUACUGGUGGCCAUGUGCCUGGCGGGCGGCGUGGGCGGGAUGUCCACCUGUAAGACGGUGAACCUGGAGAUGGUCAGACUGAAGCGCAUCGAGGCCAUCCGGAGCCAGAUCCUCAGCAAGCUGCGCCUGCCCAAGGCCCCCGAGCCCGAGGAGUCCGGGGACGAGGAGGACAUCCCCACGGACCUGCUCUCCCUCUACAACAGCACCAAGGACAUGCUGACCGAGCAGGAGACCGACGUCCAGACGCCCAUUUCCACCGAGCAGGAGGAGGAGGAGUACUUCGCCAAGGUGCUGCACAAGUUCAACGCCACCAAAACAAACACCACGGAAAGCUCCAAGGUGAUGUACUUCAACAUCUCUGAGAUCCGGCGGAGCGUGGGCGACCACCGGCUGCUGACCAGCGCGGAGCUGCGGAUGCUGAUCCGGAGCACCACCAUCCCCACCGAGCAGCGCGUGGAGCUGUACUACGGCGGGGGCGCCGGCGCCCGCUACCACGCCUCCCGCUUCGUCACCAACGAGCUGAAGGACAAGUGGCUGUCCUUCGACGUGACCGAGCCCCUGAGGGGCUGGCUGCAACACUCAGGUGAGCCCCGCUAG